AUGGGUGACGGCUUACUGCCGGUCGCGGGGCGAGCGAGCCUCCAGUGGCUGGCGGGCUUCCGGCAGGCCUGCUGCCUCCACAGAGUCGCCCUCUUCUGUCUGAGGUCUCGUCUCCGCCUUCCUUUCCCGUCUGUCGCUGCUGUUUUGACUAAUUCGUCUUCUUCGACCAUGCUUCGCUUGCCAUGGGCUUGCUCUUUUCCCUCAUGACUCCGAGGAUUCUUGGUGCGUUGUGUGGUAAGUCGUGACGGCCUCUGCCUUUCUUCAGCUCGCGGAAGUUGCUGAUCAGACUGGGGCAGUGCUUCCUCUUGAACGGGCUCAUCUUCUUAGGCAGGUACGCUACAGUUGUUUUAUUCUUGUGCACGUAAGUUGUAUGCAAUUUGUUUCGGGUGUCGUGCUUUCUUUGUGCUAUGUCUAAAUUAUUUUCCAGAGACAGCAUCCAUCGUUAAGAUAACUACAGUAUACAUUCUUUUUCAUUUCUUUUUUCUCUGGCAUUAACAAGUUCUGAAUGUAUAAUAACGAGUUCUUAAUUUUUUCUCUGGCAUGAACAAGUUGUUAUAUUUGUAAAGAAGCUCUUUUUUAUAAUACAUAGACGAUCAGCUUUAAAUGGGCAACUUACAAACUAAGAGAACCUAGUUCAUAGUUUCAGAAAACCUUAGCUUUCAGAAAUGGGUAGUAUUUCGAAUCCAUAAAGCAUGAACGAGAGAUACAGAUGCAUGCAACUGUUAGUAUAGUGAGCUCUUAGAAAAGUUUUCUAUUCGAAAGGAAUAGAGAACCCACGAUUGUGUGAAAUUUUCUAUGACCCCAAAGCUCUCGAAUUAGAUGUUCCACCUUUGCAAAAGUCGCCAGCCCAUUGUCUUAUCCAUGUGAAAUAGAGACCAUUAACCGAGCAAUUUUCAGUAAACAAAUGUGUGAUUCUUCUUCCCCAUCCAAAACUUGUGUUUCGCUACCAUAUGGAAAUCGAUUUCAUCGAUUGUUGCUUUUAUUAUUUGUGCUUUUUUAAUAUCUUCAAGAAUGUUCAGGUAUCUUCACAUAGGGUGCAUCUUGGGAUCUGUGCAGCCGUCAUAAUCUUAUUUCUCAAAUCAAGCAAUCGUAUUGAUAGUUCAUGCUCAAAAUCUCCUCUUUCAUAUCCUUGUAUCAUCAUGCUGAAAUACUCUUUUGUUUACUUUUGCAGCUUAUUUUUCUUAAACAAAGUUGUUAUUCCGAUGUUAUCAUGGAUAUUGCCUGACCAAUGCAAGGAGCUGGCGUUUCAAGAAAUUUGUGACAGUGGCGCUGUUAUAAGAUUCUACUCCGUCCUCCGUUCAAUUCUUAUAAAUCUUUUCUAUGUAAUUUUUCUUGUAUUCGUAAUCUGUUAUACAGUAUUCAAAUUCAAAUAAAAAUGAAAAUGAAACGUACCUCUAUUUACAUGCGUUCCAUAAAGAGGCAAACUUUGGCAUCUUUGCCAUUAGUUUCUUUCUGCGACCUGUGAAUGCAGUUUAGGCUUUUAUUUAUUGGGUUUAGUGAGAAGAAAGAGAAGUCUAUAUAGAUAGAUAGACAUACAGACAGCUCUCUCUCUCUCUCUCUAUAGAUAUAUGUAAAUAUAUGUAUAUAUUAUUUUAGAACAAAUGCACAAGUGAUAAGUGAAAACACUGGAGUUUGAGGUAGAACAUGCAUAUAUUUUAGGCAAUUUUGAUUAUUUUUACAGCCAUUAUUGCAGCUAUUUUCAUUCCAUAUUUUCGUUGUUGACAUCUUUUAAAUGGGGACCGUUAAAUUUAAAAAGAGCCCAAGCAUUGUAUGCACUUCUUUCUAUGAUUCCGGCAGUCACUAUGGUAUCCUCUAAUCUUUUUUCUAUUAUACCUUUUUUUCCAGGUUUUCUGGUUUUGUCCACUCUAUGUUCUUAGUUUCAUCUUGAGCAGCAUCUGGUAAGUUUCAUUUACUCUAUCCAGUUGCUCAAAUCACAUUUUUUAUAGCAUUCGGCUUGGUUCUGUUGUUCUGACAUUUUCUGUUGUCUCUAAACUAGGUUAGAAAGGGGAGAAAAAUACAUUUUAUAAAACAUGUGGCCUUCUUAUCUUAUUUUGACCUAGUUUUAGUAAAGUUCAACUUAUUGUAGUUUUUUUUGCAUUUCUAAUUUGGUAAAAAUAAUGGUGACACUUAACAAUCCGGGUCCAAUUCUAAAUGGCCAACUAAAUUACUUAGAACCCGUAAAAGUGGAUUGAUAGAUUUUUAGAGUCCGUACCUAGAUUUUCGUUUGCACAGUUGCGAGUCCUGUUCCUGCAGGAGAUGUUGGCAUAAAGCGUCGAUAAAACUGACAUUAACUAUUUUAAUUUUAGUUGAAGUCACUAAAUUCUACUAUCUAGGGACAGCUGGUUCGGACUGAAUCUGUGUUUAUUUUCUUUGAAUGAAGUUCCCUGGUAAAUGAAAUGUAGCAUCAAGUUUAUUCUGCUGAUGUUGCGGUUAGUUACACAGAAAUGUCAAGUCUAGAGCCAUUAAUAUUCAGAAUGUGUAUUCGAUGUUAUCAUAUUUUCACAUGAAUAAAGUCAAUAUUUUUUGGUGUUUGGUGAUAUAUAUAUAUAUAUUUUGAUUUGAAUCCAGGUACAAUGACAUUGCUAAGUUGACCUUUGAAAUAUUUAGACAACAGUCUGGAGAUUCAGAUAAUGAAGGGGCAGUUGUUGGUCCACACAGUGUGAACCAUGCUGAUAAGCCAACUGGUAUUGAGGGGUGAGCUCUUUUUUAACUUUUAGAUUGAUCUGUGUUUGCAAUGGGCUCUUUAUUAUUGGUAAAGGAGCCAGGUUGGUGAUCUUUUCUCACAGCUAGUGUUUUCCCAUUUCAAUAGGGUUAUAAUUGGAAUUAGCGAGCAAGUCUAUUCAGCACUUUUGUUGACAAUUUUCUACAUUGAGGUUUGCAGCUACAUUGUUGUUAAUAGAUUUGUCUUCUGUGCUGAUUGUCUUAUUCACUCUGUCAUGUUUGCGUGGGGAUGAUUAUUUGAUAGUCGCCUGUGUAUUCUCAAAUGACUCCACUGGGAGAACAGGCUAUGCUUCAAAUAUGGUUCCAAGAAUUUGAUAAGCCGCUGCCCCCGUGCCAAAGAAAAAAUAAAAAUGGAUUAUAGGACGGGAGAAGUUAAAAAAAAUCUAAAAUAAAUUGAAAACACAAGGUACUCAAUUUUUCUGUUUCGUUUCAGGUCGUUGUAACCGGAUACAUACCCGUUAUUGGCAAGGCUAUCAAUUUUGUCCUGCUUUCAUGGGCCUAUGCGUACUACAGUUUUGAGUAUGUGAUGGAUUUUCCUACAUUGAAAUAAAUAUCUUCAAUCUGAGAGAGGAAUCGUACUGAAUCAUACUUUUCCAUUGUUUCAGAUACAAAUGGAACUUUUCAGGGCUGAGCUUAGAUAAAAGGCUCAAGUUGUUUGAAUUAAAUUGGGCCUUCUUUGCUGGAUUUGGUAACUUGCUGAAUUGACUAUUUUUGAUACUGAUUGUUUCAGAUAAUUGUUAGAGUGCCAAGUUCAUCCUUUUUGCAAUGAAAAUGUAGCUUUUAUAUUGUCUGAAAUGGUGACAUUAUCCUGGGGGAAACUUGGGUAAAAAGAAUAUAAAAUAAAACAUUUCUUUUUUCCCUACUUACUGUGAAGAUUUCCUUAGCUUUGUAUGCAGAAGAUCAAAUCCGAGAGUGCUGUCCAUAGUUACAAAAGAAACCUAACCCACUCUACCCCUGUAUCACAAUUAGGUCGACUAUAUUUUCAUUAGAGCAGCUGCCUGGUGAACCUGGUGUCCAGAUAAGUUCAGUCUGCCAUCAGAGUUGAGUUUACUUUUGAUCAGCAAAUUGGCAGAUCCAACAGGAAGGAGAAACUCCAUAUUAUGCUAUCCAGUCAGCUAUUUGUGCCACCCUGACUGGGCUAGAUGGAAUGAGAUUGGCUGUUGAUGAUUGAUCACUCUUGCAUUGGCUAAAUUCGCGAGUCCGAUUCAGGGCUGUAUUUUAUAUUUCUGUGAUGUUGAAGAGUGUCAUAAUGGCAGUGCCUUUAGCGCCAUUAUAUUUCUUAUAUUGUAUAAAUAGCCAGUCCUAUCACAUGCUAAAUGGUAACAUUCUGUCAGAAUUAGCUGUUGGUGCCCGGCAUAUUUCUUGGAUGAGACAGAAAAAAGAAAUAAACUAAUCCUCGAAAUGUGGCUCGGCGCAACAUAUGAUUGCAUUUUUAAAGACUUUCCUCUUAAUUGAUGGGAUCCAGUCUCUCCCAGUUAACCGAUGACAAUUCAUGAGGUUUUUUUGUCGUUGUUUCCAAAUUUGCUUUUACUUCUGUUAAUCAUGAGUUUUGUGGAUCAAAUUUCCUUGUUUUUUAUUCCAUCAAUUAUUUUUGGUCAGGCAACAGAACUGUCGCUCAUUUUUUGUGAAUUCCCAUUAAUCCAAUGUUUUGCGAUGUUAUUCUUCAGGAAGUCCAUGUAUCCUUGGAAUUUUCUUUUUUCCUCCCCUCACCAGCUAUGGAGUGUUGGCUAUUCUAUUUCCCCUGGUACAUAUCAAACCUUUUACAAAGUCUAUAUCUUUAUACAUGUGUAAAUUACCAUACUGUUGUCAAAUAUAGAAUACUUAUUGGUUAACCGAUUAUAGUGAUGCCUCGCAUUUAACAAUAGACUCAACUUUCUUUCUCGAUUUGACUUCAGUGCGUGUUUUUUUCUAGUUUAUAUUAGUAGCAAUAGGCACUCCUGAGGAACAAGUCAUUACUUCACAGAGAAGAUCCUGGAAGGGAGAAGGGCCAACGAAGUUACCAAUAUUCUACGCUGCAAACAUUCUAUCGUAAGUUGCUUUUUACAGUUGUGAUCGCCUUUACUGUAAAUGCUGGGUCACUGUUUCAUUUAUUAAAAUAAAUAUCGUUGCAACGAAUUAUUAGCAUUCUCUCCCUGAAAGCAACCUCAUGGAGAGUAGUAUUUUAUAGACCAAGCAGCUGGGUCUGGGCUUCAAUAUUUUCUGGUCUGGAAGUCUGUUUUUUUUUGGUCAAAUUGUAGUCCAACUCUCUCUCUCUCUCUCGCUAUCUGUGUAUCUUUUUAUAUAUAUAAUCCUCUCCCCUCCAAAAGAUAGAUGCAUGCAAAGAGACUGGCUAGGCCCAUCUAGGGAAACAAAGAUGCCUUCCCAUGGGUCAGGCCCACAGUCCAUGCUUCAAACAAAGAAUAUGCAAUAUUCUUUAAAGAAGGUUUUUUGCUGUUCUCAAAACUGAUGCGUCCCUAUAAAUUGGUGUUCUAGGCUUUUCCUGAGUAGAGAUCUUUUCCUACAUAUUUUCUGCCAUCAAAUAAUUUUUUUAAGAAUACCAAUAGCUUCACCCAACUCUCUUAACUAAAGUUUCAUUAUGUAUGAAUUGUGCCCCACAUUUAUGCUUUUCUGUUCACUUGGUCAGGAUGAAAGUGUUACAGUUGUUUCCUGAGACGGAUAAAAAGGGGCAAUGA